CGGAGAACGGAAGAAGGGAGGCUGCUUUAAUUAAUUGUUAAAAGUUUUUUUGUUUUUAUUCUAGUUCUAGACUAAGUUUUUUUCACAAUACAACCAAGGUUCUACUAAAAACAAAUCAGCUGAAUAAAUUUGAAAAUGGCCUUGAAUGUUCCAGUCAGUUUUGAGAUAGCAAACAGCCCAGACCAGGAGGAAGAAGAUAACAAGACGUUCAAACAAACCAACAUUCAGGAUGGUGAAAGAAAAGAACCAAGGGCCUGGUCUAAUCCAGAACAAGACUUUUUAAAACCAAAAAGAACAGUAAAAAAAUAUGGUGCCCAAAAUAAAAUGGCUGAAAAUGUUAAUUCAUCAAAGUUGGUUAAAACUGAAGAGACUUCAAGUCCUCGGCCCACUAAAGUCUCAGUUUCUGUUGGGAAAAGUUUCUCUAGUAAAACUGAAGCCAGAGAUUUUUUCCAAAAUUAUCUGUACCAUCAGGUCAGUAUGGAUAAUUUGUCCGAGGUUCAGCUACUGGAUUCUCGUACAAUUUUUGAAAUGUUUUGUCCAAGCAAAUCUGCUGCCUCCAGGCUUGUCAAGAAACUGAACAGGGUAAGACUAGAAGGAAUCUCUGUGCGACCUUUGAUAGCAGACACAGCUGUAGGCAAGAAUCCCCCACUGAAGAUUAAACACCUCAGGACUCAGGUUGAUGCUACUGUUUGUGAAAUUGAUAGAAAGAUGGUCUCUAGCAUGGAGAAACAUAAAGUAAAGAUAAGAUAUUAUGAAGAAGCACUUAAAAAACAUGAAGAAAAGAAUCAAAUUAAUGAAGAGUCUAUUAAAACAUUUGAUUCACCUGCUUUUGUUGAGGAAAGUGAAGAUGAUGUUGACAACAGUGAAGAGCUGGCCCUAAGAGAUAAAUUAGUUGAGUUAACUAAACAGCUGAAAGUUUUUGAAGAUGAUUGUAAUGAACUAAAAGAAAGAGUGAAACAGCUGAAUCUACUGACAGCUUCAAUGGCAGAUUUGAACAAUGUCCUUGAGACAGUGGGAGUUGAGUGUCAACGACUUAGCACAGCUUUGCCCAUUUACGCCAGGAGAAAGGACAUUGUAGAACAUGUUAAGGCAAACCAAGUCUCUGUCAUACUGGGUGAGACAGGCUCAGGAAAAAGUACCCAGAUAGCCCAGUACCUGUACGAGGCUGGUCUAGCAGGAAGUGGUGCUAUCAUCUGUACACAGCCUCGUAAAGUGGCGGCCAUAACUCUUGCUGAACGUGUGGCCAAGGAGAUGGUGAAGAAAGUUGGGGGUCUUGUUGGCUACAAAACUGGGAUUAAAAAAACGGUCUCACAAAUGACCAAAAUAAUUUUCUCAACUGACCACUGUUUGCUAAAUGAGUGCUUGAAAGAUGCAGAGCUCACUGAGUACUCUUGCAUCAUUGUGGAUGAAGCACAUGAGCGCAGUAUUUACACUGACCUUCUGCUGGGCAUGAUCAAAGCUUGUUUACCCAAAAGACCUGAUUUGAAAGUGGUCAUUACAUCAGCCACUAUAGAACCUGAACUUUUUAUCAAGUACUUUCAAUGUGGGCCAGAGUUGAGAGUUUCAGGCAGGACAUUUCCAGUAGAUGUCUUGUAUGAGAUGGACAACACAAAUGAGUUUGAAGAUUAUGAAAAGAAAGCGGCUGCUAAAGCAGUACAUGUCCACAAGAAUGAAGGUCCUGGUGAUAUUCUUGUUUUUCUUACUUCUCCUGUUGAAAUCAUGAGAUGCUGUGAAGAGUUAGUCAAACAGUUAGCAGCAGGUGCCACAGAAAGACAGCUAACAGACUUCAAAUGUUUUCCACUUCAUGGACAGCUUCCACCUGAUGAACAAAAGAAAGUCUUUCAGCCUCUUCCAGAUGGAGUAAGGAAAAUAGUUUUUGCCACAAACUGUGCAGAAACCUCCAUUACAAUUGAUGGCAUUAAGUAUGUUAUAGACACAGGUGUGGCCAAAGAAAUGAAAUAUGAUCCCAAGAAAAACAUCAAUCUUCUGGGGACACACGUCAUCAGCAAAAGCUCCGCUGACCAGAGGAAAGGCAGAGCUGGACGCACUGCCAGUGGCAAGUGCUACAGGCUCUACACUGAAGAGAGCUACCACUCCAUGGCCACCAUCAGUGAUCCAGAAAUUCUUCGAGUCCACCUGGGUCAAGCUGUCCUGAAACUUGCAGAACUUGGCAUUGACUGUACCAAGUAUGAGUUUGUUCAGCCCCCCAGCAAGGAGGCCAUUGACUCAGCUUUGACCCUUCUGCACCAGCUUGGGGCAUUGAACUCAAGUGGAAUAACAGACAUUGGGAGAUGGAUUUCAAAGUUACCCUUUGACCCCAGACAAGGCUACCUAAUCUUUCAAGGAAACAAAGAAAACUUACUGUAUGACUCUGUAGUUGUGGCAGCUCUGAUAACCCAUGGGACAAAUCUGUUUUACAGGGGCCUAGCAGAGUCUGAACAACAGAAAUCAUCCCAGAAAAAAAAUCUCUUCAGUUCUGAGUUUGGUGAUAUAUUUACACACUUGCAAGUUUACAAACAGUGUGAAAAGCUUGAUAAAUCUGGACAGUCCAAAUGGUGUAGAGAAAACAGCAUUAAUUAUAAAAUCUUUAACUUUGUCAAGCAAUGUGUUGGUGAAGUGUCUUCUGUAUUGAAAAAAGAACUUGAUACUUCCAUGGAUUAUGUUUUCAAUGAAGAUAAGGCAACUCUCAAUGCUUUGAGAAAAAUGAUCUUUCUGUCUUACCUCCCUUCACUGAGUCAUUAUUUGGGUCAUAUCAAAGCUGGAUAUUUUGUACCUUUGGUAGAAAGACAAGUACAUUUUCAUCCAUCCUCUAGUCUGGUGUCCCAAAAUGCCCAACCAGAAUGGGUAGUGUACACAGAGUUGACUAAAACUUCCAGAGAUUUCAUCAAAGGAAUGACAGUGGUUGAUGAAGACUGGGUCACCGAGGCCAUUGCCAGCCAAAAAAUUUCCCUCAACCUGCAGAGUGUCAGGGAGAGGAGGAUCAAAGUUGUGCACAAAGAGGAAGUUGGAAGGUUUAUAUUUCAAAAGAUUGUUGGUCCAAGGUACAGUAAUCUGCGCCAGUUGGAAAAUGAGUUGCUUGAAGAAGGAAUGGCCAACAUUGUUGUAGAAGCUGACAGAGAACUGGGGACCAUUGAGAUCUACUCUACGUCUACAAUGAGUAAGGAGGCCCUUAAAAAAAUAAUGAAAUCAAAAUAUGAUCUAAGAAAAGUUUUGACAUUGGAGGAAGAGGAGUUACCACUUUUGUGUGCAGAUCACGGAAAACCUGAAUGUGGAUUUCGAGUCGUCCUUGGCCAAGGAGGAAAAGUCAAUCUAUUGCUCAUGCCUGACCAAAACACUGAAGUCCUGGUCACAAACUGUACUCACAACACCACAGAGGAAAUGAUCAGGGCCAAGUUUGAAUGUUUUGGAGCAAUAAAAGAAAUAAUAUCCUUCAGAAAAUCGGAGCCCUGGGGUUUUGUUAGAUACAGCUCACCAGCUGAAGCAGAGAGAGCUGUUGAAGGUACACAGAAGGAUGAGACACAUGUUGGUAAACUAAAAACUCAACAGAAGAAAAAGAGAAAUUAUUCUGCUAAACUUUCCUGGUACAGAAGACCAAUUAAACCACCAGGGACAGCCUUUAUAGUGUGUCCAGCGGUGGACACAGCAGGAUUAGUUGGACGCUACUUAUCUCUGCCUACUGGGAUGGUUAAAAUUCAAAGGUCCAAAAAUGAGAAUGAAUUAAUGUGCUUUAAAACAGGGUCAGCAAGUGAAACUGAGAUCAAAAAUGCAUUUUUACAUUUACUGGAUAAUAGGGAAUACUUAGAAAAACAAAUACGUGUAAGCCUAGUCCGCAAUAAAGUCAAUGCUCCAACCGACACUGAAAUGUCCUGCUACAAACAACAGUUGGUUAAAGAAUUUGAAAAAUACACUCCUCGAAAUAAAUUUGAACUGGAUUUGAGACCACCAAAAGAGAACCAUGUUGAUCAUAUUGGUUUCAUUCAAUUUGAUGAUCCAGUAGCUGGAUUGGCUGCUUGUGAAUCUGUAAGAGGGUGCAUGAUUUUUGGCAGCCCUAUUCAAAUCCACCUGAACCUCAGGACCACUUUUUAUGUACCCCAGUUCAUCAUGAAAGUCUCAGAACAUCAGCUGGAUGAAAUUUUUGAAGGUUUGCAGAAGAACAACCAGAUUGUGGUGUCCAAACGAAUCAUAAAAAACAAGAACUUUAUCAUUGAAGUAUCAUCAGAGAAAGCUCAGGAGAUAGCUGAAGCUAGAGAUUUGAUUCAGAAGGUGCUGCAAGGGGAGAUCAUCCAGUGUGGUGAGGAUAAUCUAAUAAAAAAACUUCUCAAUCGUGAGGGGAAAGCAUUUUUACGUGAAAUAGAACAAUCUUUAUCAAUUGUCAUAGUCAUCGAUGAGCGUAGAGAAAAACUUCAUCUUUACGGAAUUCCAGAAAAUAUUAGCCAGUGCAAAAUAGAGAUCAAUAAAUAUUUGGAUAAAAUCAAUCAAGGAUGCCAUAAGACUGUCAGCUUAAAAGGCCCAGGGAAACCAGUAGGUCUAAUGAAAGCUUUGAUGGCAGAGUUCCAAAAUCUCCGUGAUGACCUUGUUGAAACGUUUUCUCUUAGUGAUGUCAUUAUAAAUUUCAAACUGCAAGAACUGUCACUUAUUGGGGAUAGAGAGUCUGUAGACAAGGCGUUGGCGAGAAUAGCUGAGGUGGAAGCUUCCCUGGCUAGAAAUCCUGGCAUUGAUGGUGAUAAAGGUUUACCAGACUGCGGCAUAUGCCUGAGUCCAGUAGACACAGCAGAAGAUCUGUACAGGCUUGAGGGCUGUGGGCAUGGCUACUGCCUGGGCUGUCUCAGGCUCCAGCUUGACGAUGCUGUGGGGGAAAACAAAUUCCCAGUAAAAUGUGAACGUCAGACAUGUGGUCAGCCUUUGGUCUGGAGAGAUUUCCAGUUUAUGGUCAAGAGAAAGUGGGUAAACAAAGCAAAACUGCUGCAAAGGUCUCUGAACGCAUUGGUUUCUCUGAAUCCCAGCAAGUACAAAUUCUGCUUGACCCCCAACUGUCCUAUCGUGUAUGAGGUGACUGCCUGUGAAGAGGCCAAUGAGUUUACCUGCCCAUCAUGCUCUGUCAGCCUGUGCACCUCCUGCCACACAGUGUACCAUGCAGGUCUCACCUGUAGAAUGGCUGCAACCACAAAGGAAGCAGAUUUAAAUAUAGAUCAAUGGAUACGAGCUGACCCCAACAACAGAAAGCACUGUCCCAAAUGUACAACUGUGAUAGAAAAAAAUGGAGGAUGCAAUAAGAUGCAUUGCAGUGGGUGUAAAAUCUACUUCUGUUGGAUUUGUUUGGCAGAUUUCCAAUCAGAUUUCCAAUCAGAGCAAGAAUGUUAUGCUCAUCUUGUUAAAAUGCAUGGUGGUUUCUACGAUUAAUUAGAUUUAGCUCCGGUUUUUAAAUGCCUUUACUUUAUUCACCUUUGGAUUUUUCUAUUGGCAAUGCUUCCAUGCUUUAAAUAAUUAUUUUAAUUGAUUUAUAUGCAAUGUUUGUUUUAAGCUUUACACUUUCAAAUUAAAAUUAUCAGCAAUGGGUUGGUGUAAGCAGUAAAAGACAAGAACUUCCUUUACAAUAAAGAGAAACAAUAUGCAGCAUUUAAAAAAGACUGAGAAGAUAAUAACAAAAAUUUGGCUGAAAUGUUUGUGUGGCUCAAACUAAGUAAUGUUCACAUUUUGUUUUAUGUAUCACCUAAUUUGCUAAUAAAAUGUAAUCCAUACUGUAACCUGUAUAAUCCAAGUCCUUUAAAUGAAGAGGAUCACAAGAAAAAUACAUUAUAAUAAGUAUAGACAAUCAUAAAAUUAGCUUUUUGUAAUGUUCACAUUUUGUUUUAUGUAUCACCUAAUUUGCUAAUAAAAUGUAAUCCAUACUGUAACCUGUAUAAUCCCAGUCCUUUAAAUGAAGAGGAUCACAAGAAAAAUACAUUAUAAUAAGUAUAGACAAUCAUAAAAUUAGCUUUUUGUAAAAAAGUUUUCCUUCAUAGGUAGUAUGCCUGGGAACAGGGCAUUUCCCCCCUGUCAAUUACCCCCCGGAUAUUCCCC